GAAGCGUGUCUUAGUUCUUCACCUAUUCAAACAACUUUUGAUACACUUCCACUCAGCGAAGACACACAAUAUGAUACAACUACACCAUUAAGACUUUUACCUUUGUCACAAGUUUCACCAUUACGUUCACUCACACAAACGCCACAACAAUCCAUUAUUAAUCAACAGACGGUUAACGAAAAUAAGGAAAAUUCAUCUGGUGAAUACAAGAGAUUUUCGUGUGAAGAAUGUGGUAAAAUUUAUCAAGGCAAGAAUGCACGUUCUAUUUUACGUAGACAUCUUAAAGAUAAACAUGAAAUUGAGUUGCCUCGUGCAUCACGCUGGGACAAUGAUCCUAACCGACCAAAAAAUGAUGAAGAAAGACGACAGAGAAUGUUGGAGUCCGCACAAAAAGCACGUGAAAAGAGAAAUCUUUUAAAAGAAUUAGAACAGAAAGAAAAUAAACGCGUCAUCACUCAUUUACAAACUAGCGUAAACGUAGAACAAAACUUGAACUUCAACAUGAGUCAUGGUUCUACACCCACUACACCGCCAUCACGAAUUGACCGAACGGUAGUACUUUCACCUAAUAGUCGAAUGAAUCCAUACCAUUCUAAUUUGCUUCAAAGAAUCUCUUACAAUAAUAACCAAAUAAAUAUAUUCUAG